CCGCAGUCCUUGGUCGCAAAGUGGUCAAAAAGCAAACUGAAGAUGGCUGUUGAUCAGUGAUGCCAACCUGAGGCUCAAAAUUUUAAAAAAGUGGGGAGUUUCUUGCAAGGAAGAAAGCACGUGGGUCAAAAUGCUAAGUGUGUCCAAGAGGUAUUUGUUACAGAAGAGACACAUAUCUGCUAGUAAGAGAUGGAGGAGGUCCUUGCUUCCACUCAGCCUGGAUCAUCAAUGGGCUGAAGUUCAUGGGCCAGCGUGGACCUGCCUGUGGCCAGAGACUAGCUCAGGACUGACCUUGCCGUUGACACAAAGGCCCGGACACUGAGCACCUGAGUCCUCAUAACUCACAGACUCUCAAGGGAAGAGGAGCUAUGAGAAUCACCGUACCUAUCUGUCACUUGUAUCUGAUAGUACAAGACAAGCUGCCAGCAGGCAGUGGAUAUGUGACUGCAGAGUUCCCAAGUGAAGUGCAAGCUGAAGAUGUAGAUACAGUAGUUGUCAGCCUGGGUGAGACCACCUGAAGAGGAAGUAAAGAGUGGAUGAGCUGCGGCAUUCAGCUUAGCCCAAUAACGUGCUUGCUUCUCCUUACCACUCCUUGAGAAUGGCCACAGCUGGUAGCAAUGAACCAGAGGUCUCAAGAAGACAUGAGCAGCAUUUUAGUCCCUCUGGAGCAGAUGCCUCUGACUAGCCACUGCCACUGCCUCUGCCUGAUGUCCUUCAUUGGAAGUAGAAGUUUCUUCUCCCCAUGAAAUGUGUGUAUAAGGGACCCAAUUCACUUGUACACCUUUCCUUUCAAGUUUAUCUCUGCCUCUUAUUUUAAUUUGUAGAUGGCUUUCUUUUGGAAUCCUAUAUGUAACAGCUUUAAUGGUACAUCUCAAAUCUCACCCAGAGGUGGUGGUAAAUUGCCAAGUUCUCUGAAAAUCCUGGAAGACUACCGUGUACAGCAUUUGAUCAGGCACAGGGAACAUCACCCAGUAAUGAAGCCAGAGCCCUAGUGAGGUGGUCUGGGAAUUUGAUUACUGUGUCACAUCAGCGUUUGCUUUUCCAACUCCAUCUUACCCAGGACACGCUAGGUGUGGCCCAGUCCCCACCCCAGCCUGCCCAGGAACCAUGGAUCCUGGAGCCGGGUCCGAGUCCUCUCUGACUGUCAAUGAGCAGGUCAUCGUGAUGUCAGGCCAUGAGACCAUCCGGGUACUGGAAGUUGGCGUGGACUCCCAGCUCCCUGCUGAGGAGGAGGGCAAAGGACUCGAGAGUGUGGCUGCUGAGAACUCCCAGAGCAGGGGCCCUGCUGACACCAGUGAACCUGCUGGUGAAGCUGGUCCAGGCAACCCAGACCCCUCUGCAGAAUCAGCUGUGAAGUCAGUCCCGGGGAUCCCUCCGGGCCCUGCCCCUGACAUUGCCACCUUCAGCCAAGCCCCAAGCCAGCCUCAGGCAUCGCAGACCCUGACACCACUGACUGUACAAGCUGCCCCCCAGGUCUUGACUCAGGAAAACUUAGCCACAGUUCUGACAGGAGUUAUGGUUCCAGCAGGGGCAGUUACUCAACCUCUUCUUAUCCCCAUCAGUAUUGCAGGUCAAGUGGCUGGGCAGCAGGGGCUGGCCGUGUGGACAAUUCCUACAGCAACUGUGGCUGCCCUCCCAGGACUGACCGCUGCUUCUCCUACGGGGGGAAUUUUCAAGCCACCUUUAGCCGGUCUCCAAGCAGCUGCCGUGCUGAACACCGCUCUUCCGGCACCUGUACAAGCUGCCCCGCCAGCCCAAGCCUCCUCACCAGCCCAGCCCCGGCCACCAGCCCAGCCCCCGACGCUGUUCCAGACCCAGCCGCUGCUGCAGACCACGCCUGCCAUCCUACCGCAGCCCACUGCCACCUCCGCUGCUGCUCCCACCCCCAAGCCAGUGGACACCACCCCACAGAUCACCGUCCAGCCUGCAGGCUUUGCGUUUAGUCCUGGAAUCAUCAGUGCUGCUUCCCUUGGGGCACAGACUCAGAUCCUGGGUUCCCUCACUACAACUCCGGUCAUUACCAGCGCCAUCCCCAGCAUGCCAGGGAUCAGCAGUCAGAUCCUCACCAAUGCUCAGGGACAGGUCAUUGGAACACUUCCAUGGGUGGUGAACUCAGCUAGCGUGGCAGCCCCAGCACCAGCUCAAAGCCUGCAGGUCCAGGCUGUGACCCCCCAGCUGUUGUUGAAUGCCCAGGGCCAGGUGAUUGCAACUCUGGCUAGCAGCCCCCUGCCUCCACCUGUGGCUGUCCGGAAGCCAAGCACACCUGAGUCCCCUGCUAAGAGUGAGGUGCAGCCCAUCCAGCCUACGCCAGCUGUGCCCCAGCCUGCUGUGGUCAUCACCAGCCCUGCUCCAGCAGUCAAGCCCUCUGCUUCCACUCCCAUCCCAAUCACCUGCUCAGAAACCCCGACAGUCAGCCAGUUGGUGUCCAAGCCGCACACUCCCAACCUGGAUGAGGAUGGGAUCAACUUGGAAGAGAUCCGGGAGUUUGCCAAGAACUUUAAGAUCCGGCGGCUCUCCCUGGGCCUCACACAGACCCAGGUGGGCCAGGCUCUAACAGCGACAGAGGGUCCGGCCUACAGCCAGUCAGCCAUCUGCCGAUUUGAGAAGCUGGACAUCACACCUAAGAGUGCCCAGAAGCUGAAGCCAGUGCUGGAGAAGUGGCUGAACGAGGCUGAACUUCGGAACCAGGAGGGCCAGCAGAACCUGAUGGAGUUUGUAGGAGGUGAGCCCUCCAAGAAACGCAAGCGCCGCACUUCCUUCACCCCCCAGGCCAUUGAGGCCCUCAAUGCCUACUUUGAGAAGAACCCUCUGCCCACGGGCCAGGAGAUCACUGAGAUUGCUAAGGAGCUCAACUAUGACCGAGAGGUUGUGCGCGUCUGGUUCUGCAAUCGGCGCCAGACACUGAAGAACACCAGCAAGCUGAAUGUCUUUCAGAUCCCUUAGGGCUCAGGCCCAGCCCUGUUUCAGCACUUUGUACUCUUCCCUUGGCACCCAGCUGUCACCGCUGCUGUGACAGUACCUGUCACUUGGCUCUGCUCAGCUAUGCCGCACUUGUCCUCAGUCAUGAGAUGCCACUGUGUGCAUGUGCGUCAACACCUUCCUGCUCUCCCUGCCAUCUUACAUCCUGGGGAGAGCAGAGGGGCCCCCAUGAGAGCCCCAGGCUCUGAGCUGAGCGUGCUGCAAGAAGGGAUUUGUGGUGAUACCCAGAAAAGCACUUUGCUAUUAUGGUAUUGGAAGGGGGAAUUCUGCCCGGGAACCAGGAGCUUCUGUCUGGGCCAGGGCCGCAGCAGCUCCUGACGACCCUUGGCCAUUAGCUCUUGUUUUCAAUAGAGUUCUCUUCCCUCUUUCUCUUCUCCUUGGCUUUGUUGUUAGUGUGGCGGGAGUGACUGUUGAUCCAGUGGAACCACAGCCUGUACUGCCCUCUCCACCUUGCCUACAGGCAUGCAGAACCCCUGAAAGGUCCCAGGGGAUAACUUAGAAGUGUGAUAUGCUGCUCAGAAGGUUGGACACAGGUCUGACCUCAAGGUCAGAAGGUUCCCAAACUCCUGGGAUCAGAGCAUGCGGGCUCCUCUCCCAGUUCCUUUGAGGGGGAGGAAUAUUGCACUAAAGCAGAAUGUUUUAUUUUGCAAUUGGUUUGGGAGGAAGGACUAGUAAGCUCUACUUAUCCUGGAGUUGUCCCAGGUCUGCUGCUGGAAUUUUGUGGAUUGAGGCCAUCCUCCCAGAUUUUAAUCGAAUCUCUGCCCAUGGCCACUGCUCCACAGAACAAGACCUUGCAGCCUGGGAAAAACCUGCACUGCCCGAGCACACAGGCAGUUCUGAAGCAGCGUGAGGAAAAGUAUGCUGUUGCUGCCUUUCUCUUUUCCAUGCUUAGCUCAGUCCUGUACUUGGCUUUCUCAAAGGAGCAAAUGAAAAAAAGGCCAGGUAGGGAGGCCCUGGGGAAAAGGACAACCCAGAAGGGUUUAUAGUGGCUGCCCAGGAAGGUCUCUUCUGGGAGUUUACUUAACUCAAAUUUCCUUUUCAAUGUUAAUUAAGCCUUGGACAUUGGAGAAAUCUCAUUUUGUGGAGUUGUAGACCGGCUAUUGUGUAAUCAACCGCCAUGGUUCUCUCAGAGUCAGGACAGGUUUUGCCUCUAGAGGGGAUAGCUAUGUACAGUGUAGCUGGCAUUUAAUCAAGCUGUUAAGGCAGCUUCCAUCCUUAUUGUGGCUGGCCAGCCCUUAAAAUUCAAUGUGUGAGCCCAGGGAUUCAGAAGAAUUAGGAGGUUUGCAUGGGUGAACCUAAACUUGCUGCGGAAGUUGUCCUUAAAGACCACAAUCCUGGUAGGUCCCAGGAUUGACCUACCCUUUCUCUCUGCAUCCUUACAGAACCUGGUCCCUGGCAGCUGUCCUCCACUGCAUCUCAUGUGACCUACCAGGAAAGGGUAUAUCUUCCUCUCUGUGGGUCACAUGCAGAGCCAC